AUGGAUGGUGGUGAAGGGAGUAACACCUUUAAGAAUUUCUCUUCCUAUUUGCACACUCAAUCUUUACUAUAUAUCACAAAUGUCACCCUCAUUUAUUUCCUAUUGGCUUUCAUUCUGAAGUUCAACCAUCUUGUUUGUCAGAUUGAUUUUAUUGUGGGCCGUGAAAUUGAAGUUGGAGGUAUCUACACAGGUAUUGUCACCAAUAUAAAAGAAUACGGCGCUUUUGUGGAGUUUAAUGGUGGCCACCAAGGCUUACUCCACAUUUCUGAGUUGUCAUAUGAACCUGUUUCCCGAGUUUCAGAGGUUGUCUCUGUUGGCCAGAAGCUUUCUUUGAUGUGCAUAGGCCAAGAUGUUUAUGGUAACAUCAAAUUAUCCCUUAAAGCAACUUUUCCUCGUCCUGGAAUAUUGGAGACUAAUGAUGUAACUGAAGGAUCUGUUACGUCCGCAAAAGAAACAGACGGGAAUGCGUCUAGAGUACAAGAACAACAAAAUUCUGCUUCUCAGUUGUCUUUAGGUGAUCUUGAGUCGGGUGAAGCAAAAUCCCCAACCUCCCAAGUACCAGUAAUUGUAAUACGUAGUGCUGCAGAGUGUGAUGAAGAGGAGAAAUCUUCCAAAGUUCCUCAGGUUGAUAAUGGCGUCCAAUUGGAUCGCAAGUCAAAAUCACGUCCAUCUCAAAAUGCAAUUCAUUCUGCACCGAAAUCAAAAUCUCGUAAAUCUCAAGAUGUUAUCGAUUCUUCAACUUCUCAUUCAGGUCCCUUGCCAUAUACUAGUGCUAAGAAGACAAAAGAUAAGGCUUCUGUAACUGCAAAAGAUCUUGAAGUUGGAACCAUAGUAACUGCUAAAGUAUAUCAAAUUCGUGCACAGGGGUUUGUGUUGGAUUUGGGUGGAGGAGUUCGAGGAGUGUACCGGUUUGAGGAAAAUAAUAGUAUGGACUUUACAAUAGGCGAUGAGAUGCGAGUGGUGUGCUCAAGCUUUUCUAACAAGGGAAUUCCUGUAAUGUCUUUAGUUGAUGAUAAAUAACUUCCCUGUUGGUCGUUUGAGAGUCCAUAUAUUUACCCUGCCAUGGCUUGGAAUAUUCAAAUAUAAGGUUGUUAAUAGUUUUGAAUAUAUGGCAAAGUGAUGGUAAUGCUCAUCUUGCAGGGACGAUGAUUUCGGUGCAGCUGUUUAGGUUCAAAAUUAUGUAGUGAUUAAACUAGUUUACCAAAAUUUUAUUUAUUAGUUGUAAUUGGUGAGUUAGAAGAGAUGAACUUUGUGAUCGACGGAAGGCAUGGACGUUGUUCCAGGAUACUGCAUGAUUGAAGAAAAACAACUACAAUUCCUUGACACAACAAAUUAUAGAUUGAUGUUAUCAGAGUAAAGGCUAAUAAGCACGAACAGUGUUAUAAUUUUAUUGGUGAUGGGAAAAUUUCCUUAUGCUCUUAACCUUUA